UCGGGGGUAGGGCCAGGGUGACCCAGUAACAGGUCUCUGAGGUUGCAGUGUGGGGGACAGGGACUGUAGGGACAGAGACGUGGCCUUGGGGAAAAGGACAACGCGGUGGGGAGAGAUGUGCGCCUGGCGGCAGAGGUGGGGCUGUGAGCAUCAAACGUGGGACUGGACCAAAGGUGACCUGGUGAUCUGAUCGUCAGGAAAGGGCAGUGAGGGCAGGUGGGGCCCUGGGGUCAGAAAUGGGUCAGUGGGCAUCGGACAGAGCCAGAGGCCAGGAAUUGGCCGUGGCGUAAAAACGGGAGGUGGGUGCCAGGGGUGGAUCUGUGAGGCCCAGAGGUGGGGACCCGGACCCGGAGGAAGGCUGGAGCCGGAGGAACCGGGGUGGACAGAGCAGGCGGGGAGCAAGAGACGGGCUGAUGGGGCAGAGGAGGAGAAAGGGUCAGGAAUGGGGCAGUCGUGGUCACCUGGAGUUGCCACGGGCAGCGAGUCGACGGGACAAUGCCAGUGGCCUCAAAUGGGUCCCGACGAUCUGAGGUGGAGCCACCCGCCAGGCUCAGCUUGACGACGGCCGUUGCGCUCCCGGCCGGCCUCACCGUGCCCUCCUCUCCUCUCCCCAGCCCCACCCCCGGCACCUGACAUGAGUCUCUGCGGGCCCCUCAACCUGAGCCUGGCAGGCGAGGCGACCGUGUGUGCGGAGCCCGGGGCCCCCAACGCGUCGGCCGGGCCGCCGGCCGGACGGGCGGGCGCCUCGCCGGCGCUGCCCAUCUUCUCCAUGACGCUGGGCGCCGUGUCCAACGUGCUGGCGCUGGCGCUGCUGGCGCAGGCCGCGGGCCGCCUGCGGCGCCGCCGCUCGGCUGCCACCUUCCUGCUGUUCGUCGCCAGCCUUCUGGCCACCGACCUGGCGGGCCACGUCAUCCCCGGAGCCCUGGUGCUGCGCCUGUACGCGGCGGGCCGCUCGCCGGCCGGCGGCGCCUGCCACUUCCUGGGCGGCUGCAUGGUGUUCUUCGGCCUGUGCCCGCUGCUGCUGGGCUGCGGCAUGGCCGUGGAGCGCUGCGUGGGCGUCACGCGGCCGCUCCUGCACGCGGCGCGCGUCUCGGCGGCCCGCGCGCGCCUGGCGCUGGCCGCGCUGGCCGCCGUGGCUUUGGCGGUGGCGCUGCUGCCGCUGGCGCGAGUGGGCCGCUACGAGCUGCAGUACCCGGGCACGUGGUGCUUCAUCGGCCUGGGCCCGGCGGGCGGCUGGCGCCAGGCGCUGCUCCCCGGCCUCUUCGCCGGCCUCGGUCUGGCCGCUCUGCUCGCGGCGCUCGUGUGCAACACGCUCAGCGGCCUGGCCUUGCUGCGCGCCCGCUGGCGCCGCCGCUCUCGACGGCGUCCUCCGGCGAGUGGCCCCGACAGCCGCCGUCGCUGGGGGGCGCGCGCGCCCCGCUCGGCCUCCGCCUCGUCCGCCUCGUCCGUAGCUUCGGCCGCCGGCGGCUCCCCGGGCCGCGGCUCGGCGCGCAGAGCCCGCGCUCACGAUGUGGAGAUGGUGGGCCAGCUCGUGGGCAUCAUGGCGGUGUCGUGCAUCUGCUGGAGCCCGCUGCUGGUGUUAGUGGUGCUGGCUGUCGGGGGCUGGGGCUCCGGCUCCGGCUCCCUGCAGCGGCCGCUGUUUUUGGCUGUGCGCCUCGCUUCGUGGAACCAGAUCCUGGACCCCUGGGUGUACAUCCUGCUGCGCCAGGCCGUGCUGCGCCAACUGCUUCGCCUCCUGCCCCCGAGGGCCGGCGCCAAGGGCAGCCCUGCGGGGCUGGGCCUAACCAAGAGCGCCUGGGAGGCCAGCUCGCUGCGCAGCUCCAGGCACAGUAGCCUCAGCCACCUCUAGGCGCGCAAACAGCCCCAGCGGCUGAGUCAGACCAUCCCGGCCGGGCCCAGGUGGGUCCGCAGCGCUGAGCCCUCGGGGGAAUAAAGCCAUGUU